AUGUCCUUCUUCUCAGGCCUCUUCUCAUCCACCCCCGCUCCCGCUCAGAACGAGCCAUCAGUCUCGCAAGAGCUCUUCAACUCGGCCAAAUUCGAUUCACCCGUCCAGCCUUCACCCGCCGGUCCUUCCUCUGGCUCUUUACCAACUGCCAACACCCCAUCGGCACCUACGGCACUCGAUACAUUCUCAUCAGCGUACGAUCCGGCCAAGCUCCAUCCUCUUGCGGGCCUGGGGGACAAGCUCGAUUUCUUACAGCUGGAUGAGGACAAAUUGUCGGAAGUGCAGGGAGCGGCGAGCGUCUUGCCGAGUAGAGGAUGGACGGACGAUCUUUGUGUAGGGACAGGGACGACGUAUCUGUCGGGUCUUGCUGUUGGAGGAGCAUGGGGUCUGAAAGAGGGAUUAGGACGGCAAUUGGGCCCAAGUCCAUCGAUGAAGCUCCGCAUCAACGCCAUCUUGAACGGAUGCACACGGCGAGGUAGUUUCGUAGGCAACUCGCUUGGUGUUCUCGCUAUCUUUUACAAUCUCGUCAACUCGGGUCUCGACUCAUACCGCGGGAGACAUGACGUCCUGAAUGCGAUGGGCGCAGGAGCUAUCAGUGGUGCACUUUUCAAAUCGACAUCCGGCAUUCGUCCCGCUAUGGUCGGUGCUAGCUUAAUGACUGCCGCAGCUGGCGGAUGGUCAUAUUUCAAGACCGUUGUAUAG